AUGGAGGAUUUCAUCGAGCUUGGAAUAGAGGGGGUGGAUAAAGUUGUCGACAAACACUUUGACAAAAUCCCCGACAAGUAUCUUCACAAAGAUACAUACUCACCCCGAAAACUCACAGGAUCAUUCCAUCGGAAAGACAAAAAGAAUCACAAGAUGCGCGAGCGUUCCCCAGAUCCCGAUCUCGCCUAUGGAGCUGAUCACAGAGCUCGAGAGACUAGACAAGAACCUAUAAGCAUGCGAGACAAUGAAGCCUCGCCACGAAACAUCAACGAUCCAUAUCCCGAUUAUGGAAACGAGAGAGUACCGAAUUACAGUCCGAAUUAUAGCUUUUCAGAGCCUCAUACCCAGCCAGUCUACAGUCAAGCACCACCCCGCCAAAGACCUCAGUAUACCCCGCCAUACUAUCCAGAACAAGCUCCAGCGCCGAGUCCUCCAUAUCAGGAGUACCCACCUGCAUUCGACAAUCAUAGGGCUCGCUCCGUGGAACAGGGCAGACGAAGACGAGAUUCAUUCUCAGAUGACGAUUAUGAUCCCGACCGCCAUGCACGCCGUCCCGAACGACCUAGUGCUUCGGUUCGAAGAAGAAGCUCUUCAUAUCAUGGUCCUUCGUCGCGGAGUAACGAGAUAGCCCGCGCAACGAAACAUCCAGAGUCCAGCUUUGGUGGAGUGAAACAGAAGGCGAAGGAUAAAGCCUCUCGUUAUGGAUUGAAGGAUGAAGUCGACAUUUUUUCUUCGAGCACAGUUGGCUUGGCGGGUGGUGCUGUGGGAGCUCUUGUGGGUGGAUUGGCAGCGCGUGAGGCUCAGAAGGCAACAGGUCAGGAUAAGAAUGGAGAUAAGGCUGUAAAUGGCCUCUUGACUUUCUUGGGUGCUGCAGCUGGAGGUUUGGCUGUCAACGUUGUGGUUGAUAGAUGGGAGGACUCGAAGAAGGAUGCGGACGUCAAGUUGGAAAAACGGGAGAGGAAUUUUGAGAGUGGGAGGGGAGAAAGGGGCCGCAGGGACAGGAGUAUGAAUCGCAGCAGACGAGGCGGAAGGCGAUCGAGCUAUAGCGAUGACGAAUAUUAUCGUUGA